CCAGAUUGACCUUGCUGGAAAGUUUGCACCGCACUUCUGUUGUAAACGUGACAAUAUGUCGGUUCUAAGACCAUGUUUGAGAUCUGUUUUGUCUUAUAAGAACAUCAUUCCUUCCGUGAGUGUUUCCGGGUUCCACAGGACGGCGACUCAAAAUGCGGAGAUUAUCGAUGGUAAGAAGAUCUCCAAGAUAGUACAAGCUGAAGUUGCUGAGGAAGUGAAGGCAUGGGUAGCAGCCGGCAAUCGACCCCCUCAUCUGACUGCAGUGCUGGUGGGCGAAGACCCAGCAAGCGCUGUCUAUGUCAGGAAUAAGAUGAAGGCAGCCCAAGACUGUGGUAUAACAUCGGAAACUAUUCGAGAGCCCGAGACCAUGACCGAAGCAGCCCUCCUCUCCUUGGUCGACGACCUCAACAAGUCCAAGGAUGUCGACGGGAUUCUUGUUCAACUACCCGUCCCACCUCACAUGGACAAAAGGAAAGUUUGUGAUGCCGUCUCCCCGAACAAAGAUGUGGAUGGGUUUAACAUGGUGAAUGUAGGGAGGCUAGUGCUGGACCUGCCCACUCUACUCCCAGCGACGCCUUAUGGUGUUUGGGAACUCAUCAAGAGAUCAGGUGUGGAAACGGCAGGAAAGAACGCUGUGGUGAUGGGACGAUCAAAGAACGUUGGACUUCCCCUUGCUUUACUUCUUGCUGCAGACACAAGAAAUGAACUUAAAAUGGGCCUCAACUGCAACGUGACUAUAUGCCACAGCAAGACCUCUCCAGAAAUGAUGCGUCACUAUAUGCGCAAUGCAGACAUCUUGGUUGCAGCAGCAGGGCGCCCUCAGAUGAUCACAGCCGACAUGGUCAAGGAAGGGUCGGCCAUCUUCGAUGUAGGCAUCAAUAGGAUUCAGGACCCAAAGACGGGGAAGUUCCGUCUUGUCGGGGACGUUGACUAUGAGGGAGUAUUUAACAAAGUCGGACACAUUACACCGGUUCCCGGCGGCGUGGGACCAAUGACUGUUGCCAUGCUGAUGAAGAACACCCUUCAAGUGGCCAAAGGAAACAUCUAAGUAUUAUGAACAACAGAGGGCGCCAUUCUAUGGCAACAAUUCUUCGUGCGGUGUCCAUGGUUUGAGGAAACAAUGCGUGUAAGGGUGCAGGCAUAGAGUUAAGAACUAGAGGGCGCACUGGUGAUGCUGCGUGCAGAAACAUGACGUGACCACAAGGACACGCGCGCCAUUUUGGAAGAUUAAUACGCGCGUUGAAUGUGAAACACACGUUGUGUGCAUUGUAAACACACGCUAUGCGAAGCUGUUUUUUCAACUAACAAAAUGGCCGGAUGCUGGGCCGCGUAUUUAGGCAGUGCACCCUCUAGUUCUUAUAAUAUAACUCUAUGGGUGCAGGAGGGUUCAAAACCCACGCUGAUAUGAGUCCAAAGAGGCGCCCAUCAUGAAAUGAAGCAAAUUAUAUAGAAAUUUGAUUUAUGCAAAGAAAUAUUUUAAAUAUUUGAAUAUGAAGUCACUUAAUUUUUAAGAAGUGGCAAUUUUUUGUGGAAAAAAUAACACACUAAUAUUUUCUGUAAUGGACACUAAAGAUAUUUUCCAAGGCCCAUCAAAUAAAUAUUCAUAAAUACCUCGGAACAGCUUUGCUAUUCCUAUUGGUGGAGAGCGCGUCACGUGGCCAAACCUUU